AUGACUGCCUCAUUCCUCAAGCUAUCUCUCCUUGCUACUGCCAGCAUGGCUGCAGCCGCCAGCGUCAAUGCGACGGCCAACAUCGACAUCGACGUUUCUUUGGGAGCAAUCCCCAUCGAGGUCAUUGCCGAGAAGGUCCAUGUUCCAACCAAGGCCAUGGUCGACCUCCUCAACACCGUCGACUAUGUCACGAUGACCGUGGAAGACUGGUGCCCCCUCCUGCAGCAACCCAUUGAAGCCGUCCAGGCCUGGCCGAACCACGUCAAAGAAUACGUCUUCACUGAACUCUCGCUCGAGGUCUCAGCCUUGGUCGCCCCGGAAGCCGCCCGUGUCGACGCUGUAACCGAAGUCAAGAGCAACAAGCUUGCCGCUCGCAACGACUCGGUCCGUCGCAUGGAGCGUCAGGCGCUUGCCCUUCACGAUGCGCGUAUCAAGUCAGGCCGAAGCGGCUGCUUCCAGAACUGGGCAUGUGGCUCUUGCGUCGUUGCUGCCGGGCUUGCAGGCGCUUCCGGUAUCGCUGGAUGCACUGGCGCUGCUUUGGCCGCUGUUGAAGGCACCGCUGGCUUUGCUCUCGCCGCAGUCUAUGCUGCCUAUGUUGAAUGCACUGCCAAGGUUGGUGGUGCUACUACCGCCGCCAUUGGUGUUUGCCACUCUGGCCUCUAUAAGAUUCUCGUCUAA